CACCUUGCGUUGCCACAACGUAACUGCCGGAAGAACGACUUCCCCGUCCGAGGCAAACGAGCUCGGCUCUUCCUGACGUGGCUAGCCGCUAAAGGUCCGCCGGUUUGUGCGUGGGCUGUGGCGAUUGGGCAGACUACCUGUGUGACUUUUACGAAACAUGUAAAUAUACAGGUGGUUGAGGCAUGGGAGAGCAUAUGAUUUGUGUAAAUAAAACAGAAGUGAAACCGUGUCACACUGCUCUGGUUUCAAGCCACAAAACAGACUCUCAAACGCAAUGUUUGGCAGAUAGAUGAAGAAAACCCUUUGGAUUUUAAUACGAGACAUGGCUUCCACGUCGACUUUGGACUGAUUUCGAUUUGGUUCCCACACGUUCCACAUCCACCUGACGCGCGUUUCCAUCCCCAGGUGACAGCUGCGCGAUCAUGCCUCAGCUGACGGCCGCCGCGACGCUGCAGCUCGCGCUGCUGCUCUCCGCUGUUCCCGCGCAGUACUUCAUCUCCCGCUGGAGCGGCUCCACGGCGGCGCAGCGCUACCACUCGACCGCACGGUUGCUUAGAAUUUGGAAAGAGUGGAGAACAUCUUACCUCAAUGGCACUGCUUGGAUGGACUGGGCAAGCCAGCAGGUAUCCAAAGUCCAGUCUUGGGUUGGCUUGGGGCAGGAGGACCAGCUGGCACAAUCAUUUGCCAUAGAGUCCAUGCUUUUUGACAAUGACGAGGGAUUCUUUGGAGCCUCCAAGACAGCGCGCAGCCCUCGUCCUCCGUAUGUGUUUCUGCGGGUUGGAGAGGUGGUGAUAGAGAGGAAGGGCCAUAUGGUUGGGGUGGUGGUGAGCUGGGACCCUGAGCUGCGAGCCCCUCAGGAGUGGAUCAACAGGAUGUAUUCCAGCUCUGAGGUCAAAGCGGAGAAUACACCUCAUUAUAAAGUGCUGUUCAGCGGGCCUGGACCCUCCUCUGUGUUAGUUGGAUACUUGCCUCAGACACAGCUUGAGCGCAUCACUGGGAUGAGGCCGGACAUUCCCACCUUGGAGAAUUACUUCACACAUUUUGAUGGGGAGCGGUUCGUCAUGCAGCCCUGGCUCAGAGAGCUCUACCCCGAGGAUGCGAAUGAGGAUGUCUGACUGCUUGGCUUUAACGUGUUUACUGUUGAAGUAAUGCCUUGGUAGUCAUAAAAGCCAAGAUUUGAGUAGAUCAAAGAUAAUUUUCAAAUCCCUCCUUGCUGGACUUCGAUGUGAGGGCAUCUUUUGCUGAUUUGGAGUAACAGCUCCUAGCUCUCCAACUUUUGUUUGUUUGAGAUGUAAAUAUAUACAGUAUUAUAAUUUCAUGUGCCAAAAUGAAGUAAAGAGUAAAAACAGAUAAACAUUUAACGAAACAUUGGAGUGCUCUUUAAAGACAGGUUUGAAUGAUUAGAGCUAAGUUAAAUGAUAAUGAACGCUUGAAAUUACUGCUUAUUACAUCUGUGUAGUUUGUGUGUUUUGCUGAGGUGGAAGAAAUCUUGGAAAAGUGCACUUUCAUUCAGCCAUGACAACCCAGCAAUAAAAUACUUAAAACUGUGA